UUGGCGCUAUUUGUUCCGCAAGAAGCAUUCAAUCCGCGGAAAGAACAGAACUAAUUUGUAAUAACUGUUUUCCUGAUGGCUUCGACGACGAAAAAGGUGAAAAAGUCGGUGGAUGCUGUAGAUGAAGAGCCAGAAGCGCUGGAGGCAGUAGACACCUGCCAGAAUGAGAUAGAUGCUCUUAACGAACAGGCUAGCGAGGAGAUCCUUAAAGUGGAACAAAAGUACAACGAGUUGCGGAAGCCGUACUACCGGAAACGUAACGAAUUCAUCAAACGCAUUCCGGCUUUCUGGAUGACGGCCAUCUUGAACCAUCCUCAAAUUUCUAGUAUCCUUGAGGAGGAGGAAGAAGAUUGUUUGCAAUUUCUUGAAAAACUCGAAGUGGAGGAGUUCGAGGACAUCAAGAGCGGAUACCGAAUUCUGUUUUACUUUGAAGAGAAUCCCUUCUUCGAGAAUCAAAUUCUAACAAAAGAGUUCAAACUUGGUUCGCACGGAGAUAGUCCCUCUUCAUCGAGCACUGCAAUAAAAUGGAAACCAGAACGUGAUCUCACAAAGGUGUUGCCGAAGAAAAUGGGUAAUAACCGUCGAAAGCGUAAUCUGGAGAAUCGGACAUUUUUCGAUUGGUUUACUGACAAUAAUGAUCCAAUCAACGAUGAUAUCGCGGAGCUAAUCAAGGAUGAUCUAUGGCCGAAUCCGUUGCAGUAUUACCUGGUACCGGAUAUUGAAGUAGAGCCUGAAGAUGAUGAGGAAGGAGAAGGAGGCGAAGAGUUUGGGGAAGAGGGUGAUGAGGAAGAAGUGGAUGAAGUUGAAGAUGAAGAAGAGAAGGCAUCCUAGAUGUGCAACGGGGUAUGAUAGUGGUAUGUUAUUAAAUACCGAAUGAAAAGGCGAUCAUUAAAAUUCCUUCAGACAGCUUGAACAGCCAGAUGGCAACACAGGAUGAUUCGUGAUGUCCCAAGUUGCGAUAAAUCAAUCAAAUGAUUUUCUCGGUUAACAUCAUACCAGAAAUGUACAUGUUAUUCGUGUACGUGUAGUUCCAAGAGCAAAAGGUAGUUGACGGGAACGGAUGAUCAAAAACACCCAUCUAAAUUGCAGGAAUUAUUAGAAUAACAUUAUUUAUGCUUAGUAUUAAGCAUGCACCGAACGAACAUUCCGUUUGGAUGAUGCAAACGUUCCAUUUGUUUCUAUGUUGAGCUGUCUACAAAUUAUCUUGAAGCUACCCUCGUG